AUGCACACCUUCUGCUCUACAGACGGUUUCCCUCGAAUGGCACAAGUCGAAAGCGCUGGUACUCUAAAUAUGUCCAGAGAAUCCGGAGACUCGAGUGAUCUUCCUUCGCCAUUGUUUUGGAAUACCCAUGUUUUGCCCCAAAGAGAGAAUGACAUUGAGCAAAUGAUUAAAUGGGAUGUGAGGACGCUUUUGGAAAGGUGCGUGAAGCAAUCGGACAGCAACUGGGGAUCCGAGAUGUUCACUGCAGAGCAAGAACGGCGUUGGUUGGAGAAAGCCGAAAAAGUUCGGACUGAUCUAUUCAACGGGACGAGAAUUGAUACAACAGGUCGUCAUCGCUCGGUUUACGCCAGAACAAUGAUCACCAAUCUCUCCCGGUAUGAGCGAAGGAUUGGCAAGGGAAGAGUGGUGAUCAUUGAUGGCUACGAAGUCUCAAAGGAGAGUCUGACCCCCGUCGUUGAAGAGUCAGUGGCCACAAGCCAGGAGUCCAAAGUACCGCAGGGAAGAUUGGUCCACGAAUUGAGACUGUCUGGCAAGAGUGACUGGGGAUGA